UAAUGACGGUAAACGAGAAGCGUGUUACUAAAACGGCGUAGGACAUUGUAGUGUGUGACGAAGUGGUUGUUCGGGGUGGAGCCUUGGUCGAUACGAGUCUCUUAUGUCCCAGCGAGCCGCUCACAAGGAGACAGUCACAGCGCCACAGCCAACAUAGAACACUGCACCAGUUCUUGAACCACCUGGCGCACCGGCGUGGGAAGAUGGACCCGGACGAGGAAAUACCUGACACUAAGGAUGCGUCCAGGCCCUUCCUCACCAGAAAUACAGGUGAGGUUGGGAUCUACAUUGACCCAAUCGAUGCUCAGGCAGUUAACCCCAAAGAGUUCGGUCUGGAGCACUGCUUCAUGAUGUCGGUCCGGGAGAACCUGCUGGAUCACCUGUCCAGAGCGGACCUGGUGAAGGUGAAGGGCGCCCUGGAACACCGAGGACUAUUCAAGGGGGUCAUCCUGGAGGGGAUAAGAAAAGGUAUGAUCUUGAUAGUCACCUUUGAUGACCUUGAAGCUCUGGAGAGUCUAUGGAGGCUGUGGGAGAAGGACAAGUUGUCGGCAUUGUUCCAGGAACUGUUCGUUACCAAGGAGACAAUGAAGCAAUGUGCUGUGACACGGCUGACCAUCCGCGCUAAGAUGUGGGAGGAUGAAUAUGCAGACUGCAAAGAGGAGCUUCUCAACAGAAGCAAUGAGCGAGUCAGCAUCGCCAAGUUCCCUAACGACAUUAAAAUCCUGAAGGAGAUCCGGGAUUGUCAGAAGCAGCUCGGCGAGGACACCACGAGGAUGAGGGAUUUGGAGAACGAUUUCGAGCUGAAUCUGGACGACUUCAUGAUCUGCGUUAAACGCAUCCUGCCUGAUGAUGUUGGUAUAAUCCAAUCACUGGCCGACUUCCGCAACUCUGUCAAGAUAGCAAAGGGCAUCCGACAAACAGGAUUUGAAUCCAUCGACAUAUACCUUGAAACUCUUGACGUCAUUGGACAGAUCUUUGAGGACGUGGAAACUACCUUCUGCUACCGUCUCUCCCAAAUUCAUGGAGUGUGCGAGACGGAGGAACAGAAAGACAAAGUGGAGAUCAUCAAGGCGACCCGGAAGGACAUGGAGGAACUCCUUAAACCAGACAACAGCCUUCUGAAAGUUCGGUUCAAGGACUGGGAACUUAAGAUUAAUCCGCGAGAGAAGAAGCUGUUUUUGGGGCUUAUUAGUCUGGUACCAAUAGGAUUAGAAAGGCUGAUUGAUAUAGACCAUUAUAUAGACGAGUUCAUAACCGCCUUUCCAGAGCAGAUUGGAUAGAGGGUUGAAGUACAUCAUUGGCCAUAUCUGUCACAAAGUGUUCGAAGAAGAUAUAUCGGAAUGACUACGAGUUUGAUUCAAUGACAUUCACUGUCCUCAUUAUUUCACGCGAUCCUGAUCUUAAAUUGGGUAAUUAAUUUGUUCCUUAUAUAUAGUUGCAGUUUUCUGUUACUCCUUUCUUUCUCAGCUCAUUCCAAAUAUAUUAAAAUUAAUUAAGUGUACGCUUCGUAAACAUCAUCUAAUUCUACAGAGGUUUAUUGACGAAUGUAGGUGUAUGUACACACGUGUGAAUGCUACAUGUAUGAGUAAAACAUAUAUACAUCUUCAAUAACGAGUUGGCUACUAUUAAAUUGCCUGUGCGUUCCAUGCCUCAAUCACUGAACAUGAUGCUCCCAACUCGCAAUAUUUAAUGAAACAUUCUGUAGUAAUAAGGGAGGCCGACAUUUCUAGUAUGCACAGGUUUCCUCGGUAGUCAUACAUUUAUUUAUAAUAGUACUGUUUUUAACAUUAUGUUUAUUGAAUAAAUAGCUAUAGCCCUUCAACAUAAAUCAGAAAACGACACAAUCCUGCCUGCAUCGACACGUUUGUUUUCAAUGUAAUGCAAUUUGUCAUCUUUCAGUUUCAGAUCAGGACCACUCCGUCCAACUGUCUGUAAAUGUUUUAUGCUUCAUAUUCUACAAUUUCAUGUAUAAAUCCGUCACAUUAAACCAUGCGCAAAACA